AUGCCUAAAUAUUUUGAUAAUUCAGUAUUAAUUAUUCAAAACAAGAUUUUUUAUCAAAAGAAUUUCAAUCUUUGUUGGAAUAUAUAUUUUAUAAGCUUAGUUCACAGUGACAAAUAUAAUAACUAUAGAAUUUCCAAUGACAGAUUCACUGCUGAUAAUGUUCCUUCUACUACUACUACUACUUCAGUGAAAAGUGAACUAAUUCCUAAGAAAGGAUAUAUCGUAGCUAUUGAUCAAGGCACAAGCAGUUCUAGAGUAAUUGUAUUCUCUACUGAAAAUGGUGAAAUUGUAACAAUGCAUCAAAUACCAGUAUCUCAGUCAUAUCCAUCACCUGGAUGGAUUGAAAUGAAUGCCAAUGAAAUAUACAACACAAUAUUAGAAUGUUUAAACAAGUGUGCAGAACAACUAAAAGUAAAUAAUAAAAAUGUAAAAGAUAUUAUCGGUGUUGGAAUUACAAAUCAACGUGAAACAACUAUAGCAUGGGAUCGUUAUACCGGGGAACCAUUAGCUCCAGCUGUCGUUUGGUCUGAUGCAAGAACAGCUGAUGAUGUAAUCAGGUAUACUCAACUAACACCAGACGGUUCACCGAAUGCUUUUCAGCAAACAACAGGUCUACCGAUACACAGUUACUUUUCAGCCCUGAAAAUGAGUUGGUUAUUAGAUAAUGUUGAUAAAGUGAAAUUAGCUAAUCAAGAGAAUCGUUUAUUAUUUGGAACAGUUGACAGUUGGUUAAUCUGGAAGUUAACUAAUCAUCAGUGUCAUAUUACUGAUGUUACUAAUGCUAGUCGUACAUUAUUAUUUAAUUUGAAUACAUUACAAUGGGAUAAUAAUUUAUGCCAAUUUUUUCAUAUCAAUCCAAAUUCACUUCCAAAAAUUUUAUCUUCCUCUGAAUAUAUUGGAAUAAUUCAAGAUAAUAAAUGUCUUAUGAAGGAUAUUUCAAUCUAUGGGAUAUUAGGUGAUCAACAAGCCUCAUUAGUUGCACAGACAUGGACUUCAUCAAUGUCAGCUGAUGAUAGUUUAUCAGAGGUGUCAGGUGUAAAAGUCACCUAUGGGACUGGAGCAUUUAUGCUAUGGAAUAUUGGCAGUCGACCGUAUUUUUCAGAUAAAGGCGUUCUAACUACAAUCGCUUAUCAAUUAGGCUCAAAUGAAAAACCACACUAUGCUUUAGAGGGUGCUGUAUCAUACGCUGCAGCUACAAUGCAAUGGUUAAAAUCGAAAUUGGAUUUAUUCAAAGAUUAUGAUGAAUGUGAAAAGUUAGCUGACAUGGUUCACAAACAACAGAGACCUGGGGAGUCAGAUCCAUGCUAUUUAGUUCCAGCAUUCAGUGGUUUAUUUUGUCCAUGGUGGCAAGAAAGUGCACGUUGCAUAGCUUGUGGAAUCACAUCGAAUGUCAGUAAAUCUGAUCUUAUUUAUGCUGGUCUAAGAUCCUCAGUUUAUCAAACAUAUGAUGUUAUGUCAGCGGCAACUUUAGCUAAAACUUCUGGUCGACGUAAUUCAGCAACACCUUUGAUAACAUUAAAAAAACCGAAUGAAAUUAUUGUUGACGGUGGAAUGUCCAACAGCAAUGUACUGAUGCAAAGUUUAGCUGAUAUUUUAGAUAUGAAUGUUCAGCGUCAUAAUCAUUCUGAUAUAAUGACGGCAUUAGGUGUAGCUGUUAUGGUCGCUUUAGCUCUGCAUGUUGAUCCAUCCGGAUUGUUAAAAAUUCGUCAAUACACAAAUAAACAGGAUCAAGAGAAUUCAGUGUUUCGUCCACAAAUUAAUUCAAAUGAUAGAGAUGUUAUGUUAGCUGGUUGGCAUGCUUCAGUGAAACGUAGUUUAAAUUGGAUAAAAGAUGAGAAAUCUAAUAAGUCAAAUAAUACCUUCCUUGAUUUAUUAAAUUAUGUUUAUAAUCAAGAUGAAAUGUCGAAUGAAGGCAUGAAAAAACAAAAAAAGUGUCCACUGUCAAAAAAACAGCAAAUAUCGAUCGGAGUUGCGGCUAUCGGUUUAUUUUUGGUCGGACUUCUUAUUGGGAAAAUGAUUAAAUAA